UGAUUCCUACAUUAAUAACCCGGUUUAAAACAACAAUGAUAAAGCGUAGUGUGGAAUUAUAUAAUCGCGCAAGUACAGAAGCAAAAUGAACUAAUGGGUUUCUAAGAGGAUACGUGAAAUUUUUAAAGAGAGGUUAACGACGUUUAACGUCAUCGCAUCAUCAUUGCUCCACCACUCUUCUAUUUAUAGUCUUUUUUAUCAUUUUAUUUAUUUUCCUCUCCACUCUUUUGGUCUCUUUCAUUUGCUUCUUCUUCUCUUCCAUCAUUUCUCUGUUAAAAGAAAAUAUCGUCUCUACAGAAAAAAUAAAAUAAAGAAGAACAUAAAAAGUGUGAAGAAGCCAAGUAAAUAAGAGAAGAAGAACAAACAUGGGCCAAUGUUCAUCGACCACAAAGAUGAGGAGAAAGAGGAAAAGAGAAGAAGAAGGUUGUAGAGAAUCAUCAUCAGUGGAAAGGAAUAGAGGAUGUUUAGCGAUGGUGAAUGAGAGGCGUUCUAGGUUCUACAUCGCCAGGAGAUGUGUUCUUAUGUUACUUUGCUGGCACAAAUACGCCAACUCUUGAUUAUCAAUCAGGUUUUGUGUUUUUAUUACAAGUAAAAAUAAAACACACGUACAUAUAAUUCGCUGUUGAUAACUUUUUUGUUGUCGUCUCUGUUCAUAGCUUGUGUUUUUGAGUUUUGAUAGUUUCAAGCUUUACUCUUGUAACUCCACCCUUUUGUUUCAAACAAUUAUUUGCAAACAA